CUUAUAUUAAUAAAUUGUCAAUGUGUUACCAAGCCAUUUGUAAAGCUCACUAUAAUGUGUUGAAAGAGACAUGCCAUGCACAUUGCUUGUUUCUAACUUGGAGUUGAGAAAAUUAUUUAAUACGUUUAGAUACAGGUUGGUUGUUUUCUAAAGUCCUCAGGCUCUAAAUGUGUGUGCAACUGAGGAGAGACAAGUAACUUGUGACUUCCUUUCAAACUCAAGUGUCAAAACGUUAUUUCUGUAGCAUCAUACAUAAUUUGCAUCAUAUAAUUUUAAGUCAGUGGUGUGAAUGUGCAUAAUUCAUACAUGCAGUGGCUGGAAUAUAGAAAGUUAGAGUUAUUGCCUGGUAAAUAAUUGAGGCUGUCUUUGUUAACUGGAUUAAGAUUUUACUGGUUUUUACUUCUUGAAAGGUAAAGAAAUUGGCUCAUGUAAAAUAUUUGUAGUUUUUUCUCAUUCUUUGCAUCUUGCACCCCCCUUCUUAAUAGCAUUAAUUGCCCAUCCUUGUACACAACUACUCAUUUCAUGGCAUCUGGCUUAGUUUUUGAAAGAGUCAGUGGUCCUAUUCACAUCCUAAACAGAUGUUCUUGGGGUGGAUAACAAGUUAACUGCAGCCCUAAGCAGAGUUAGUUCUGGACCUUAAUGUAGAUAAGGCUGUGCAGCAUAAACAUUGCUGAUGUCUGGAGGGGGAAAUAAAAGGGCACGUAAUCAAAGGAAUGGCUAUGCUAAGCCAUUUUAACCAUCAUUAAGCGGAGUAUAAACUUGGAAUAAAAAUUAGUUGAAAUGUCAUUUUGCAGUAAACCUAGUACAACAAACUCUAGUCUUCUGAAAUUUAACCACUUACAUUCUUACAGGUUUUGUUGCCUGUAUGUUCCAGAGGAUUUGUGAAAACAAUGCUGAACUUAGUUUUACAGUUAAUAGGAAUUAUUUUAAUAGUUACUGGAUUUGAUGUUCUUGAAUGUGUUGUCUUUUUUGUAAAUUGUAAGGGUUACUCUCUACUAGCUCAGAACAUCUGGAAAAAUUUUGAUGGGAAGAAAUAGCAUUAUAGGUAACUAUGCAAAUUUCUAUACAGGUAAUAAAUAUUUUACAUUUUGGCAGGAAUUAACUUGAAGAUAUUAAUGGGAUUCUAAAAUUGUCCCAAUUCCAAGGUAACUGGUACUUGCUGAUUCUGCAAUUGAUGUUGGUUUGUGAAGAGAAAAGCAUUAAAUGACUCUAAGCAUUGUAAACUUUUUCUACUUGUAGUGAUGAUGAAUACAGUAACAGGAAUUUGCAAAUGGCUAAAAAUCAUGUCUGCCUAAUAACUUUUGGGAUCUGUCACAUUGGUUAUCUCCAAAGUGGUCCUGCUUUACACAGAAUGAACAUCUCUAAGGAAACUUGCAUCUUAAAUGUGCGACUUGGACUGUAUUAGGUCAGCACAAUUUAAACUUCAAGGACUUGGCAUUGGACAUCACAUCAAGAAAGAAAACAGGCUGCUGCCUUUAGCAGAGUUUCAGGCCUCCAGGACUUUACACAGCCAGAUUCCUUGUGGAGCAGCCCAUCUGAAAGAUUUGGGAAAGUCAGUUGAAAAAUGUUAAAUGGGGCAGAGUUGGCAGAACUUAAAAGUUGUCUAAGGCUUGAGUGGUCAGAAGGUAGUUAAGGAAAUUGCUGUUUUAAAUUUGUCUGGUUGGGUAUUUUGGUUGCAGGAGAGAACUGUGGCUGUGAUUGUAGCAGAAAUGUCCUGUUCUACUUUUUUAAUUCUCAAUUUUUUUUCCAGUAUUUGUCACUUGUUUAAAAGCAUACAAAAAAUUAAAUGACCUUCUUGGUCUUGAAAAGUAAUGCAAGUCUUGCUAUUGAAUUCACAAUAAAACUGUUCAAGUUCGGGGGUUUUGGCAGAGCUUACACUUCUAUAGAAAAGAUGACAGCUUCAUUGUGGUGCUGAGCCUAUGAAAAGGAGAACUGUUUGGGGAUGCUAUCCUGACUUGGCAGACUAAGAGUCCUAGAGGACUUCAAUUUUUCUUUUGUGGAGUCAGCUGUAUUGCCUAUAUAUUAAUUUGCAUACUACUUCCUAUAAUGCUUUACAAUGAGAUUUUUAUCAUGAAGAUUAAAGAUGUGUAAUGUUACCAAUUUAGUAAAGGAAAUCCUGUCAGUUCAAAGUAAGUUUUCCUACCUGUUCCACAUUUCCUUCAGAAACUGAACAGCCUAAUGAUCAUUACUUAUGAUCUGAAAUACGUAAUUUUAAAGGAAGUAGAUAUACACCCUUUCCUUGAUGUCCUUCCAACAUUUAGCUACAUCUUCAUUCCUCCUCACCAUACAAGAUGUACUUAAGAAAUGCUGACCAUAGAAAUCAUGAAGCAGACACUGCAUGUGACUGUCAAACAUAUAAGCUGAGUUGAAAAACAGACAUCUCGUUUUUUAAACAAGAGUACCUGGACAGCAUUCAAAUGAAUGUUUAAACCUCUUAAAGAAAAAUGGAUGUCAGUAUGAAAAAUGAACAUGAGAUUUAUUAUUUCCCCCAAGCAACUUCCUUUUCUUCAUUCAAAUUCAAUUACUAAAUUUCACUAGUACAGCAAAUGGGGAAUGAUUUUGCUUAUAAUUUGCUGUGCAAUCCUUGCUCUUUUGAAUUGCAAAGCACAUCUUUAAUCAAAUAUGUAACUCCUUUAAGAAUUAGUACAUGCAAGAUUGUGCAUAUUGAUAAUCCAGAUGUUGGUAUCAGAAAAAGUACAAUAUGCUUAUUCAUAUUUUCAGUAAUAAAACUUGCCUUCCACUUUGUGGGACAGCGACAGAAGAUCAACUGGCGAUGGAACAGCAUGUGCCAAACAGGGAAAAAGUUAAUGGCGAAGUGUCGAAUGCUUAUCCAGGAGAAUCAAGAGCUUGGAAGGCAGCUGUCCCAAGGACGUAUUGCACAGCUUGAGGCAGAAUUGGCUUUACAGAAGAAAUAUAGUGAGGAACUUAAAAGCAGUCAGGAUGAAUUGAAUGACUUCAUCAUCCAGCUUGAUGAGGAGGUAGAGGGUAUGCAGAGUACCAUUCUAGUUCUUCAGCAGCAGUUGAAGGAGACUCGCCAGCAGUUGGCACAGUACCAGCAGCAGCAGUCCCAGGCCUCCAACCCAGGUACCAGCAGGACUCCAUCCUCUGAGCCCACAGAGCAGGGAGAGGCUGUGGGCAAAGACUGCAGCCGCCUGGCAAACGGACCAAGCAAUGGCAGCUCCUCCCAUCAGCGGACGUCUGGGCCUGGAUUUUAUAGGGAGGGUAGCGGCACGGAAGAUGACUUCCCAACUUCUCCAGGGAAUGGUAAUAAGCUGUCCAACCACUCUGAAGAUAGAACUGGUAGAGGAAGUGGUAGCUACAUAAACCAGCUCAGUACUGGGUAUGAAAGUGUAGACUCUCCCACUGGCAGUGAAAACUCUCUCACUCACCACUCAAAUGACACAGACUCCAAUCAUGAUCCUCAAGAGGAGAAAACAGUGAGCAUGAAAGGUAACAGAACUGUGGGUUCUCGUCAUGUCCAGAAUGGUUUGGACUCCAGUGUAAAUGUGCAGGGUUCAGUUUUGUAACAUUUUUCUGCAAAAUUUUUAUACAGUGUCAUUGAAAUUGGGAGAGGAUACUGUCCAGAAGCCGUUUAAAUUAGUGCAUACUUGUCACAAUUUUGCCUUUUUGUGGGUUUCUUUUUGCUUCAAUACCUCUGCCACUUUGGAAAUUUUAACAGUUAAUUACGUUGAAUGUUGCUAAAAGGACGUUUGUGUAGCUCAAGUUAUUUUUAUAUGAGUUAAUGUGAAGUUGAAAUGGAAAUUAUUUCCAUAAAGUAUAACAUAAAUGAUGUCUGUACAAAUCUGUGUAUAUCUAGAACCUGUGCUGUGUAAGGGCAUUCUUACUCAUACUGUUAUACUUAACACCACCUUCAAGAUUUGUCAUAAUAGCUGUGGGUUUAUGACUGCCAAGUUUGCCCAGUACAGUAGUUUUAUCACUAAAAAGAUGGACUUACUGAGGGAGUCCUCUAGUAGUUUCAGUGUUAAUUACAGUUUUUCCCACCAUACAUCUGUGCAUUUUCUCCUUAGGUGACCGAAUGUUUAUGAAUUGUGUGCAUAGUUACUCAGUUUUUAAGAACUGUUGUAUCCUGUUGAUGCAUAUUGCUCUGUGACUCCAAUAUUAUCUUACCUGUACUGACCAAACCUAAAUAAAAACUUUUAAUAAUGUAA